AUCAGGAGAGGGGUGGAAGCAGGGGUUAUGUGAAGCGUGGAAGCCCGGUCCUCACAGAGUCCAGUGGACAGACUGGCUGACAGAAUGGAGAAAGGGAAAAGUCUAGUUUCUCUAUUGGUACUGGGAUGGAUCUGGACCCUCCACGGGCUCCCUGUGCUCCCUGAACCCCUCUACCCAACACAGGAGAACUUUGACCUGGGCAGGCUGAUGGGGAAGUGGUACGAGCUGGCAGUGGUGUCGACCUGCCCUCACUACAUGCAGCGUCAAGGAAGAGAUCCAGUCAUCGGAACAGUGGAGCUGCAAAACAGUGCUGGAAAUGGCACCGUCAAAAUGACAGGCAGUGUACUCAAGCAUGGCAUAUGCAAGCAUACAUCAGCAGAUUAUGGUUUGACCAGCACACCAGGACGGUUCUUCUAUCAUGUUGCCAAAUUCGGAGCCGAUGUGGACUCUUAUGUGGUUCGUUCCGACUAUGAGGGAUAUGCGAUACUGAUUGUGCUGAGCACAGAUGCAGCAUCAGGGGAAAGAAGCAUAAUAGUCAAGCUGUUGAGUCGAGCUAUGGACGUACGCCCCACGGUGUUCGAAGACUUCAAAACACUGGUCAGAGAACAAGGGAUGAGGGAGGACAGCAUCAUCAUCAAGCAAAACAAAGGUGAAUGUACGCCAGGUGAACUGGCUGCAGCGCCUCCUGCUCAGCGUCAGAGAGCUAAAAGGACUGUGGAGCCCUUUGUACACCCAGCAGAAGUGGAUAUGUCUGGCGAUGACACACGUCUUUUCAGAAGAGGAGAGUCUUGUAAUGCAGCACCAGAUGCAGGGCCAUGUUUUGGGACGCUCCCGCGUUAUUUCUACAACUCCUCCUCUAUGAGCUGCCAGCUUUUCACCUAUGGGGGUUGUUUGGGCAACCAGAACAACUUUGAUAGUGAGAGAGAUUGUCUACAGAGCUGUCGGACCGAAGCUGUUUGUCGUCUGCCCAUGGUGGCCCACCCCUGUACGAACCAGCCUCUGGUCUGGACCUUUGACUCCGUCACUGGUCUGUGUCUUGGCUACAAACAGGGCUUCUGCCAGGCCAACGGCAACAGGUUCUACAGCAAAGCCGAGUGUGAGGAGUACUGUGGAGUAGUCAAAGAUGACGAGGAGCUCCUGAAGACUAACUGAGUCAUAUGAGGAGACAACCCUACAUGCCUGAACACAUUACAUAGAAAUGCAAUUAAAACAAGCAGUCUAAACCAGACAAAAAAGGAUAACAUGACAAUAGUGACAGUAACUUUGUGGAAUAACAUCACUAGUCACCAAUAAAUCAGCAGAAUAAUGGUG